CCCCCGGGCCCCGUAGCUCUUUCGUUUCCGGGAAAAUGGCCGCCCAAACAAACCCGGGGGCAUUCAGCUUAUUUUUCCCCUUAAUGUUUUAGGGAAUGUCGAAAAGCUAAAGGCAGUAAUAGGCGUCACGGGAAAGGAGCUCGUUGCUCCUUAAAAACUACUUGAUUAAUGUGACGAGUCCCGGCGAACUAUAUGCUUAAGCGGCGGAUUCAGAUGUGCCGGGGACACCGCCGCUGCCGCUGACAGCUCAGUAAUGCUACAGACAUCUAUAAAUAUAAAGGACGAGUGUCUGAGCAUGGUAAAACUACUGAUAUUUCACAGUUUACCCAAAACUCAAAAGUCAGGGUGUUAAUAAUGUGUACUAUUGACUGCAGUCGGGUGAGCUAGCUAGCUAGGCCGGUUACCCGGUCUAUACACGCACGAUGGCUGGCCGCAGUUCGGAAUCAAACGGCGACGAGGGCAACUCACGCGGCAGUGCAGAGCAGGCGAUGAAGCCGGUGUUUUUCGAGAUCUUUGGGGAAAUGUGGAAAGUGCAGGCUCGCCUCGGCCAGGGCGUCUCUGCCUCCGUGUACCGCGUCAGCUCUGGGAGAGCCAGCCUGGCCGCCGUGAAGGAAUUUCAGGUGGACGCGCAAGGCGGAGAUUACGGGUAUCACAAAGAGAGAUCGGUGCUGGAAGAUAUUCAAGGGCGUAAAAACAUCGUUACUUUAUAUGGGGUUUUCACCAACCACAACUCUGUGGGCGUGGCGACUCGCUGUUUGCUGCUAGAGCUGCUGGAUGUGAGCGUGUCUGAGCUGCUGGUGAGGGCCAGCAAUCAGGGCCAUUCUAUGUGGCUCAUCCAGCACUGCGCCCGGGAUGUGCUGGAGGCCCUAGCUUUCCUGCACCGAGCGGGCUACGUCCACGCUGACCUUAAACCGCGCAAUGUCCUGUGGAGCGCCGAUGACGAGUGCUUCAAGCUCAUAGAUUUUGGGCUCAGCUAUAAAGAGGAACAUCAGGAUGUGAAGUACAUCCAGACGGAUGGCUACCGGGCCCCUGAAGCGGAGCUGCAGAACUCGCUGGCCCGGGCCGGCAUGGAGGGGGACAGAGGCUGCACCACGGCCAUCGACCUGUGGAGUCUAGGAAUCAUCUUAUUGGAAAUGUACUCAGGAAUCAAACUGAAGGAAACUGUUAGAUCUCAGGAAUGGAAGGAUAAAAGUUCUGCGAUAAUAGACCACAUUUUCGCUAGUAAAAUUGUGGUCGGUCCAGCGAUACCGGUUUACCACCUACGAGACCUUAUCAAAAGCCUCCUCCACAACGACCCGGCCCAGAGAAGCACAGCGAAGGCAGCCCUUUGCAGCCCCUUCUUCAGCAUUCCCUUCGCUCCUCACAUCGAAGAUCUGGUGAUGCUUCCCACGCCAGUGCUCCGCCUGCUGAACGUCAUCGACGACAGCCACCUUCACAAUGAGGAGGAGUACGAGGACAUCGUAGAGGACAUGAAAACGGAGUGCCAGAAGUAUGGUGCCGUGGUGUCUCUGCUGAUCCCCAAGGAGAAUCCAGGAAAAGGCCAGGUUUUCGUCGAGUAUGCAAACGCUGGCGACUCCAAAGAAGCCCAGAGACUGCUGACGGGACGCACCUUUGACGGGAAGUUCGUUGUUGCCACUUUUUACCCGCUGAGUGCCUACAAGAGGGGCUACUUGUACCAGACAGUGCAGUGAGCCUGCAUGUGACCGGGGGUCCUCAGAGCAGAACUGGGGCAUCCUCUGAUAUAUGCAAGGCCAAGCUGCCAGGGAAGUGGGCGCAGGGUUGCAUGCAUCAUCGCAUUUCACACAGGUCUUUGGAGCUGGCAUUCAAUUUUAGCAAUUGCAGAUGUUUAAUUAAUGUCAGGUGAUGCCCAAAUCAUUUAGACUUUGGAAAAAGACAUGCAUAUUUAUGUUGCUGCUUUGGAAAACAAUUAAUGUAAAGAAUUAGUGCUUUGAGCUGUAUUCUGAGAGGUCCAGUCUCGGACAUUCAGAACAAGACCCGAAUGCGAUGGUCGCCCAGCCCUGCGUGUGCUUGCUCGACUCACUGUUCAGUCUCGUCACUGAUCCGUCGCAUUAAGUGACUCAUUUCAGCACAGCAUCUAGUUACAAUAAACAUGCACAACAUUUAGCUUCCCACUGUACUGAGGAAAUGACAUCAAACCAUGUGUAGCUUGUACCGUUUGUAGCAAAGGUUUUAAUAAUGUGAAUCCACACAUCGCAAUUCUUCCACGCUCCUUAAAUGGGGGGAGGCUUAUUAUGGACACAGAGAUAUUUUUGGUUUUUGGGACAGUCACAGCUUAUGGGGCAGGCUUUCAGAUCUCCGUGGGGUUGAUCUGUUUGCUAGGGCUCUGCCUAAGAAACGGUGGUAGAUUUACACACCAAACCCACCGCACGAAAAAAACAGUCUAAAACCAGUAUGACUAACUGUGUCCAAAGGCCUUUCACAGCACAAAUGCACAGUGAUUCUGUGGCACGAUGCCCAGCACCGUUUAUUGGUCACAUAGAUGACAGGUCUUUGAAAGAGGAUGAAUCUCCAACGGAAACGCAAAGUAGCCUCCAGCGGUCCGUGCUUUCAGAAAGUAUUAUGCUAUGGAAUAAUCUUUGCAAAUUAAAACUUGAAUCUAGCAGUUCAAAAUGCACGUCCCGUCUGAACUGUUCACCUAAGACACUUUGAUAAAUCUGUGAUCAAUCCUUUUUUUUUGUUUGUUUGUAUAUUUCAGUGAACCAAAUACAGCAGAAACUAUUUUCUUAUGAAAUCCUAGGGAUGAAAAAAAUGUUCAUCCCUGGAUUUGUAGUGUAUGUGCUGAUGCGUGAGAGUGUGGGAGAUUCAACAUGGCUGUGUCAACAUCACUGUUCUAGCUGUUUGCAGAUGACCUGUGGAGAGAUUUCCAUGUUGCACAGCUAUUUAUCAUAUAGCAGUUGAGGCUGUAUUCUUUAAGAACAUGGAGAAAUUCCCCAAUAUAUUUGCUGUUCUUGUACAAAUAUCUGAAGUAUCUUUUUGAAAUGAAAAUUCCACCUUUUGUAUCUGACUUUGGGCUAAACAUCUUUCUCUGAUUAACUCUUAUGCUUUCCAAAUACACCUUAACCUAGUUAUACUUAAGUAAUAUUAACUAAAGGCUUGAUAGAUGUCUCAUUAAAUUACUCCAUCCUUCCUGCUAAGCACAGAUAAUAGGUUCAGUAAGUGGAUAGCUUAUAAGGUUAGUCUUGUCAUAAAUUACUUGUGUUUUCCGUAAGGUUAUAUUUUAAUAUUCAAGUAUUUUAGCUUUAGGUGUGGACAUUUAUUGAACAUUUCUCAGAACAUUUGAACAUGAACUUUGGCACUUUUCUUAGGUCCCAUUCAUUGGUACUUGAUUUCCUGAUUGCAGGGCUAUGAUUGUGAAAGGUGACUACUGUUUAUUUUUCAUUUUUUAAGGUAUGAACAAAGCAGCCACUCCCUGUAAUCUAGGGGAACCUGGCAGCAAGUCUGAUGUGUGAUUAUGUGCUAGUGAUCAUAAACAUGCCAUGUUGCUAGAAUUUAUCAUCAACACUAUUUAUCUGCAUCUCAGUGUGAAGUUUGAAUAUUUCAUAUUUUAAAAUGUAGCACUUAGUCUUAAUAUCGGUUUAAAGUAUUUAUCAGUCAGCAGAAUUGCUCUGGGGUGCACAGUAGGUCAGGAAGUUGGUGCCUCAACUUUCCAUGCCUGGGGGGGGUUGAAUCUCUAUUCUCUCCCCAUUUUCUAGGUACUUCAGUUUUCUGCCUCCCCAGUCCAAAGUUGGGGUGAAGUGCUGGGUGUGUGAAUCGGCCAAUGCAUGCCUUAUGACUGACCUGUAGGGGGCGUAUCUGUCUUCACUGUGUGAGCCUCCAAAAGACAAUCUCCACAACUGUAAGAGGAAAGAUAGUUCGCCCACUUAGACAACACAGAUUAAAAUUUAAAGUGACUGUUUUUGAUUCCAGAGACAGAUCAUGUCUUGGUGGUUUUAAUUUGAGAAACACCAUUUAAAGGAGAAAAUGUAUACAGUUUUUUCCCCUCUGGCACAAACUUUAUGCAAGGAGACAGUUUGUAUCGUUCACUGAUUAGGUUCAGGCACCGCUGGUUGACUGGAUGACUUGACUGGAUAAUAUCACUCUUGUGUAAGAUUCACAUGAUUUAUUAACUGUUGUGCAACGAUCUGCAUAACCAUAGGCAUCGUUAGGGAUGAUUCUGUGUGAAUAUUAGGGUGGAAUGUUUACAUAUUCAGAAUUUUGUGGAAUUUAACAUUUGAGAAAGUUAAUAUUUUGUUUUGAUCACCUUCAGAUAGUCAUUUUUCCACUAUUAUUGUUGUUGUUAUUAUUAUUAUUGUUGUUGUUAUUAUUAUUAUUAUUAUUAUUAUUAUAUUAAUACUACUACUAUUAGUUGUAGGAUGAUGUUUGCACUGCUUUGGGUAAAAACCAUUUUCUUACAAAACUGACAAGCAGUCAGCCGCCACAAUGGUGUGCGAGGCCUGAAAAUAACAGGAAACACUGCCAAAACAUCCCACGUAAUGCAUUUCUGAACUAAUGUUUAUUUCUAACCAUAUGAGAAACUUGCUAUGGAAGAGAUGCUCUAUUAAUAGAGGUUGAAAACUCGUCAUGAUAAAAUGAAGAUUUAAAUAAAAAGGCCAGGUCUGGGCGUAUGGGUUCCCAGUUACCAGGUGAUACGGGCUGUUUGUGUGAAGCUCUCUGCUCCUCCUGUUAGCAUGAAAACAGGCUAUACCACAGAUAAUGUGAGUAGGCGAGAGAGACUGCAGAAAUCCAUCCUGCAGCUUCUUAAACGGUGACAUCAGCUUUGGACAAAGAUGGAGAUGUGUCUUAAUGGAAAAGCAGCGCGAUGACAUUGAAGGGAACUUUCAUGUGGUCAGUUGUCAUAUACAUAGAGUGGCCUAGCAAUCAAUUAAAGUUAUACACAGGUGUGUUUCCUCUUGUCAUAGUGCUUUAACUUUUUUAAUUUUUUUUUUUUUAGUAAAUUUAAGGUUUAAAAUGUUUAGUUUUUUUAAAUUUCAUUUUAAAAAUCAGUUUUUUUUAGUUUAAACAGAGAAGCAUAUUGACUACAGCUGUGAAGUCUCAUUGAUAUCCUAUUUACUUUAGCUUGUUGUUGGUACGAUAGUUGAUAGUUUGAGGAAGAAAUAGCGAUGGCAAAAUGAAUCUUCUUUGAACCAUUUGCUGUAUUCUCUAACCCUACUGACUCAAAGAACCCCCCCAAAGCAAAAUAAGUACACCAUCUUGUGGGGCAUAAAAAUACAACAAAUGGCUCAAUGAAGCAUAGUUUGGUCAUCACUAGGGAAGGUUUGGAGACUUCUACUUAGUUAUCACUAUGUUUGGUGGAAAACAAUAUUUUAUGAAGGCUCAUGUUUGGCUCAUUAGUACGGUACAGUAAUAUGUUUUGAAGAAAAGUACUGCCAGAUGUUCUGUUGUACUAAAAGCCAAGAAGUGAUGUCCGGAAAGUUCCAAGCACUGAUAGGGUGUCGACCUGGGAGGGGUGGAAGCGGGAGGCAAGGUCAUGUGAUUCCUCAGUUGUGAAGAUGCUGGAAGAGCGUGGCGUGUAACGGCCCAGCCGGGGUUAACAUUUUAUUGUAUAUGUAUUAUAAUGCUUGUUGAGAUCUGUGUGUUGAGAUCUGUAGUUGUUUGUGAUUAUCCAUGAAUUGGAAGUCCUCAUUCAGUCACCAAGCUUGUCUGCAUUGUGCUCCAGACUUGCAUAUAAAACAUUUUAUGACUGAUUGAUUAUUUGUUGUGAAAAUGCUUUACUGUGAUUAAGGGCAAAAAUCCUCUCCUUUUCUGCAGCGGAGAAGGAAAAAAAAAAAGAAUACUUUUAUAACAUUUUACAUGUGG